GCCCAUUGCGUCUCGGAAAAACGGAUACCUCCCUCCCGUCCCGCAGAUCUGCGCGACCCCCCGGCCUCCCAUCCCAACCGUCGCUCCCGUCCUCCCCUUCUCCCUCUCUGGUGCAUCUCGGGCGGGCGGAGGCGUGCUUCUGCUGCGCCGUUCCUCGCCGGCGCCUAGGUCGCAUCGGACCACCACCGCCAGAUUUGCCGUUCUCGGGCGGACGGAGCACCGCCACCACCACCACUGGCGCGGACGAAGAUCCGGCGCGGACGGACCACCCCCACCGCUUCUCGGGGGGACGGAGAAGCAGCUGCAAGAGCCGGCGGCGCACAAGGUCUUCUUCAUCCCCCAGCGCUGGAUCUUCCACGGCUCCGGCACCAUCUGCAGCAGCGAUAUGGAGAACGUGUGGAAUGAACUUGAUGAUGGUAGCCAACAUGGCUUUGGUGUGGCUAGUUGCACCCCAUAUACUGAUUUGCUUGGUUGCCAAACGACACAGGGGCAGGACGAGGCAACUCCUCAUUGUGAUGUACAGAUUUCAAACAACGACACCACUGAGUCACCAAGCACUGGCAAACGACCCAAAAAAGCAAAGCAGGGACAGGUUUCAAAAAGCACAGCCAUUCGGUCCUCGAGCUAUACUCCUAAGGAAGAUGAGGUUAUCUGUUCAGCUUACCUGAAUGUGUCAAAAGAUCCUGUUGUCUCUGUGAAUCAGCCCAGCAAAACUUAUUGGGAGAGAAUUUGUGACUACUACAACGAGAAUCGUGGCAUGUAUGGCCAAAGGACCAUUUCCUCCCUCCAACACAGAUGGGGUGAAAUAUCCAAAGAUACUUGCAAGUUCACUGGGUUUUAUGCAGAGAUUGAAAGGAAGAACCAAAGCGGCAAAAAUGAGGAUGAUAAGAUAAAAGAUGCGCUGCAGUUGUAUAAUGGUGUUCUUGGUCACUCUUUCAAGUUCAUUCAUUGCUGGUUCAUAUUGAGGCACGAGCAGAAAUGGCAUGAGUUUGUUGCAGAGAAGAAGCAACAUAAUAAAACAAGGCCGGAGCCCUCUGCUGAACCUGUGAGCCCAAUGGCGCCGGCAACAGAUACUCCUCAGAUCAAUGCCCAGAAUGAGGUUAGACCAAUGGGCAGGGAUAGUGCAAAGAGGUUAAGGAGUGCAAACUCAUCUGCUAGCUCUACUGGGUGUCUUGAGGUGCUGCAAAAGAUCCGUAGUGACAGGGCUAAGUAUGAAGAAAGGCAAGAGGAACAUAUCAAGGAUGAGUCGAAGGAAAUGGUAGAGAGAUACGAGAGGAAGCUGAGACUACAAGAGGAGUCCAUUAAUUUUCAGAAGGACUCCAUGAAUUUUCAGAAGGAGUUGUUGAUAAAGCAGGUCUCUAUUCAAGAGAAAAUGUUGGCACUUCAAGAAAAAGAACGUGUGGAUAAAGUCAUGAUGGCUGACUUGGAUAAAUUUCCAUCAUGGGUGCGUGACUAUUAUGUCAUCGAGCAAAAAGAGAUUGCUGCCAGAAGACUACAAGCUGGUCAGCCAUCUGGUGAAAAGUGAGCUUCCGAGUGUUUGAGCUGGUCAGCCCUGUACUUGGGCUGUAUUAUUGUGUGCUGCACAAUCUUAGUG